AUGAGCUUCACCAUCGAGGAGAGGGGCAAGCCCAACACACUGGACUACAGGGUGUUUUUCAGAAACACUGAGGGAAAAUACGUCUCUCCAUUCCAUGACAUACCAAUUUAUGCAGAUGAAGCUCAGAACAUCUUCCAUGCGGUUGUUGAGGUGCCCAGAUGGACCAAUGCGAAGAUGGAGAUUGCCACCAAAGACCCUCUAAAUCCAUUGAAACAAGACAUCAAAAAGGGGAACCUUCGUUAUGUGGCCAACGUGUUUCCACACAAAGGAUACAUCUGGAAUUAUGGAGCCAUCCCUCAGACAUGGGAGGACCCAGGCCAUAAAGACAGAGAUACAGGAUGCUGUGGUGACAAUGACCCUAUUGACAUCUGUGACAUAGGAUACAAGGUGUGCUCUCGUGGAGAGGUGAUUAAAGUCAAGGUACUGGGCACUCUGGCUCUGAUCGACGAAGGAGAAACAGACUGGAAAGUCAUCGUCAUCAACAUGGAGGAUCCCGAGGCCAACAACUUUAACAAUAUUGAUGAUGUAAGAAGACUCAAGCCUGGGUAUCUGGAAGCUACAUUUGAGUGGUUCAAAAAAUAUAAAGUUCCUGAUGGAAAACCUGAGAACCAGUUUGCAUUUAACGGGGAGUUCAAGGACAGGGACUUUGCUCUGAAGACAGUCAAGGAAACUCAUGAGUUUUGGAAGGCGCUGAUCUCCCAAAAGACCAAUGCUGGAGAACUGAACUGUACCAACACCUGUGUCACAGACAGUCCAUUCUGCUGUUCCACUACUGAUGCUAAGGCUGUUGUUGAUGCCGCAUGUGCUUUUGGCCCUGAAGACCCUAUUCCAAGUGCAGUUGACAAAUGGUUCUACGUCUAA